AAGCCCGUGUUUCCGCGUUGUUUCGUUUCUGAUCGAGUGAUCGUUGUUUUUAUCAGAAUUCAGAAUUGCGAACUCAGAACGAGGUGUUAGCGAUAAAACGUUCGAAAUUAUUACUUUCUGAAUAAUUUUCGGUGUGUCGGUGAAAUCUCAUUUCAAAGUUCCCUUAGUGUGCAUCGCAACUUCAACUUCAUGGAAAAAAUUUUUCGCGCAUCCAUGUUGGAGAAGGUUAAGGAUGUUGGAUAAACGUUGAAAAAGUCGAAGUUUCUCCGCGCACUUGAUAAGAAACCAGGCUUGUGAUAUGUUAUGCUUUUAGAACUACAAAAAACAGUUUGCCUGCGAAGCACCCGAAAUGUUGAAACAAAUCUCGAGAUUAUUCAGGGAUCAGCUGGAGAAGAAGCUCUUCAACAACAGAGACAAAGUUGAUUAUUCUAUUAAAGCGGACCGGUCACGUAACUACCAUCGUUAUAAACGAGCAAAGGGUUCUAAUAAUUUUCGACCUUGCUGUGAUAAGUGGAAUCACAGACAAGUCGUUUCAAACACUUCAUCUGAUCAGCGCGAAGAAGAUGAUAAAACUGAAACUUGCAGGACUGCGGAUUACUUGAAAUAUAAUUCGUGGUUAGAAGCUUUAGGGCUGAGUAGUACAUUUGCGCUCGCUUACACGCUCAAUCAAAACUUUCACGCGCGAAGGAGAAUAUUUUUCGAAAAUUACAACGAAUAUUAUCCCGUUAAGAAGCAGUGUAUUUUCAAAAGAGCUGUUUCUAAUUCACAAACUUUAUGGAGAACGCUCAUUCCUAAGCAUGUAUUCACCCAACCACCGGCUUUAGAAUCCACCGAAGCUUUGCCGGUUAUAAAUUUUGACGAACAACAAACAUCACAAGCUUACGGACCGCCCACAUCGGACGAAGUACUUAACGAUGCCAUGCAAGGCGUGAGAAAUGCGCAUAAUAUGGCAGUUGGAGAGUUGGAAAACCGAUACGGGAUGCGAUGCAUGGCGAAGAAGUAUUACAGAAAAGCAGUCGUUCAUUUUUCUGCGGGCAUGGCUCUGGAAAAUAGCACCGCCGCAUUUAACCUUGCGCAGUGUUACGAACUAGGACUAGGAACCUCGCAAGAUUUUACUAUGGCCGCCAAAUGUUACCGUCGAGCGAGUGAUUUAGGAGAUGCCAAAGCCAUGUAUAAUUUGGCAAUAUUUCAUUUACACGGUUGGGGAGGUUUAAAAUGUGAUCGUGUAAAAGCCGAACACUUACUAAAAAAGGCGGCCGAAUCGGGAGAAUCGAAUGCCAAAGCUGUAUGGGAAAACAGAUUUAAAAAUACAGCGCCUCCAGUUACCGAGCAGAUUGACACCUGUAAAAAUAUACGAAUGCGAGAAGUUGAAAAAGUUGUCGACCAAGUCAUGAAAUCAACUUUGGAUGGCUAUCAGUUACCACAUUCGAAAUUCGGCGAAUUGUCCGACAGUUUGGAUAGUUCUUCUUCAUCUAUAUCCAGGAAUAGCGUAUUGCUAUCAGAAUUCGACAGUUCCGAUUCUUCUGCUCAUUACUAUUCAGGAAUUUGUUACGAGCACGGCAUCGGCGUAAAACAAAAUUUUGACAACGCUGUGAAACACUACUCUUCCGCCGCUUUUUCCGGCAGUUCGGAAGCAUUGUACAAUUUGGCUGCUUGUUACGAAACAACUGCCGGCUCAAGUCAGUCUGACAGUUACCAAAUUCCCUUAAUGAUGGACUUGUAUAAAAUGGCUGCUGAUCACGGACAUCAAUUUGCAUCUGAACGAUUGAAGGCGUUAGAAAUACACGAAGUUCUUGGAACUUUAAAAGACUUCUUUUUCCAUUCUAAACGUGUGGAUGGCCACACGGUGAUGACACGUUAAUGCGAAAAUGUAAAAAAAAAAAAGCAGUAUUGUUUUUGACACGAAUCAACAACACUUAAUUAUUCACAGUUUUGUUUGUUUUUGUUUUAACUAUACAUGUAUUAUUAUUGCGAAUGAAAACUUCCAGUUACUAUCUACACUUGCGUGUAGGUAUGACUGAUACGAAAUGGUUGAAUUAGAUGGUUUCUUUUCUUCUCGAAAAGAAAUGAACGAUUUACAUUUCUUAAACGAUUUAUUUAUUGCUUUUUGUAAUGUAAACUUAAAUAUACAUGUAUUUACAUUA